AUGGAACGAUACGACUUUGCCAGAUUUAGCUUGAUAACGUGCCUAGCUUAGCUUCAAAUUUAAACACAUGGUGCCGGUUUAGAAGGAAACUUAGUCAUCAUACCACAGCCUUUUAUUUUACCGUCCUAUAAAGUACACACAGGGAGGCUGAUAUUCAUCCCUCCAGUUCCCAGGGAUCCCUCAGCCUGCCCUGAUGAAGGCCGAGCAAGAAGGAGACCUCCUGGAAGAGGACUCCCCUCAAGAGAAUGGAGUCCAGACAAACCAGUACAGCGCCAUCUCUCCUCCUGCCUCGCCUGUGGUGGAGGACGAACCCUUCUCCACAUACUUUGAGGAGAAAGUGCCCAUUCCAGAGAGCGUCAACCAGGUAUUCAGUUUCCGUAAACUCUGGGCCUUCACUGGACCAGGGUUUUUGAUGAGCAUAGCUUAUUUGGAUCCAGGGAACAUUGAAUCCGACCUGCAGUCUGGAGCUAAAGCUGGCUUUAAGCUCCUAUGGGUGCUCCUCGGAGCCACCAUCAUUGGCCUGCUGCUGCAGAGGUUAGCUGCACGCCUCGGCGUUGUCACGGGGAUGCACCUGGCAGAAGUCUGCAACCGCCAGUAUCCCACCGUUCCUCGGGUCAUCCUUUGGCUGAUGGUUGAACUGGCAAUCAUUGGCUCAGACAUGCAGGAGGUCAUUGGCUGUGCUAUAGCUCUCAACCUUCUCUCUGUGGGCAGGAUCCCACUGUGGGCAGGAGUUCUCAUCACCAUCACAGACACAUUUGUGUUCUUGUUUUUAGAUAAAUAUGGCCUGAGGAAACUUGAGGCUUUCUUUGGCUUUCUGAUCACUGUCAUGGCUGUUAGUUUUGGUUACGAGUACGUGCUGGUGAAGCCAGAUCAACCGGAGCUGCUGAAGGGCAUGUUUGUUCCCUACUGUGCCGGCUGUGGACCCGUGCAGCUGGAGCAGGCUGUGGGAAUUGUAGGAGCUGUCAUCAUGCCUCACAACAUCUACCUGCAUUCAGCACUGGUCAAGUCCCGGGACGUUGAUCGCAAAAAUAAGAAGGAAGUAAAGGAAGCCAACAAGUACUUCUUUAUCGAGUCAACUAUCGCGCUGUUUAUCUCCUUCCUCAUCAACGUCUUCGUUGUCGCAGUCUUUGCUCAGGCCUUCUACAAUAAAACCAAUAUGCAAGUGAAUGAAGAGUGCAAUGCGACUGGCUUUCCGCACACAGAUCUCUUCCCUCUCAACAACGAGACACUGGAGGUGGACAUUUUCAAAGGGGGAGUGGUUCUGGGCUGUUACUUUGGCCCUGCAGCUCUCUACAUCUGGGCCAUAGGGAUCCUGGCAGCUGGACAGAGCUCCACCAUGACAGGAACUUACUCUGGCCAGUUUGUGAUGGAGGGUUUCCUGAACCUACGGUGGUCUCGUUUUGCACGGGUGCUGCUGACUCGCUCCAUCGCCAUCGUGCCGACGCUGCUGGUAGCCAUUUUUCAAGAUGUUCAGCAUCUGACAGGGAUGAACGACUUCCUCAAUGUGCUUCAAAGCAUGCAGCUUCCGUUUGCUUUGAUCCCAAUUCUGACUUUCACCAGUCUGAAAUCCAUAAUGAACGACUUUGCCAAUGGAUUGGUGUGGAAGAUUUCCGGAGGCAUCGUCAUCCUGGUGGUUUGUGCAAUCAACAUGUACUUUGUGGUGGUUUACGUGACGGCGCUGAACAACGUGGCUCUCUACGUUAUCGCUGCUCUCCUCUCCGUAGCCUAUCUGUGCUUUGUCGGCUACCUGGUGUGGCACUGUCUGAUUGCGUUGGGGAUUUCCUGCGUGGACUGUGGCAGCAGGGUAAGCAACCGACCUGCUGUGUUCAUAGAGGAGCAGUCUGAGUACGACUCCUAGAGCUGAACACGACAGUAACCACCAGCAUGUCUCUUUCCUUUGGGAGAGCCCUUUACACAACCAGGACUUUUCAAGAUCACGUAGGAUCUUAAAGGCACAUUUUCUGCUAAUGUCACAUGUUUAUUUUGUGGGAGGGCUGGAUAUCAAAAUUUGGUGCUUUUUAAGGUUCCCAGACAUAGUAAUACGACACCAGCACAGCACAUUAGAUGCCAGUAUUUGAUGUUUGAGCUGAUUUCUGACAAAACACUAUAUAUGACUGAAAAAAAUACUAAUAUUUGUAGCAGUUCUCAAAGGCACCAGCUCAUUAUUCAGUUAACAAGGUGACAAUCUUGACACGAGGGGCUGAUACGAUAUGUAGCUACAAGUAUAUUUAUAAUUAAUAUCUGUGUCUGGAGGUAGAAGUUCCCACACAUUCCCAUAAUGUAAGCUUGAUUUCAGAAAGACUAGGGCAGUUUGUGUUUCCUCUGCAGCUUGAACUACAGUUUUAACAUGCUUUAGUUCUCAUGCGGUACAACACCCAACAACCUAUAAGACACUAUGUGCCCAAAGUUAGGAGGAUAUUGAUCAAAAAAUGUACCAGGGAAGCAAAUGUUUAAAUGAGACAUGCAUAUGAGGACAUUAGUUGGACAAAAUAAGCUUCACUUUUGCCGCAUGUGUGGAGCAGCGCUGAGGAAACAUGAAAUACAGCCACAGUAAAACACAGCUGUGUUCAUAGGCUGUAUAUAUGGUUUUAUUUAUGUUCAGAUAAUCACUACAAACAAGACUUUUUAAAAAAAAUGUAUCACGGACUACAGUAACAGGAGUAACUCUUUCUGAUAAGUCAGAGUAUAAAGUCUAAAGUAUUUUUUCUUACAUUCUUUCCCAUUAUUCACAGUUUUUUUUUUUUGUUUUUUUUUUGAUGAUCUUUGCGACGUCAUUCAUUUUUACCACCUCAGACUCUGUUUUCUUUUCCUCACCUCCUCCAAUGCAAAGAGAGGCACUCUUCAUUUUAUGAUUUCCACUCAGUCUACCUCAGAGUUCUCUACCAAUCCAUCCCAGUGUAGCCUCUCUGCAGCAGUUCGAUUCACUUGAUUAUUGCAUCUUAUCAUUUAAAAAUACUUUUUAGAGAGAAUAUAAUUGUUACAUGACACGUGGGAAGGCUUUUUAAAAGUCCUUUUAUAUGUGCUUAAAAAGCUCCAAAUGAUAUCCAGCCCUAGCUGUGUUGGUUGAACUAAACCAAACUGCUCCAUUCAAACAAGUGAAGCUUUACGUGACUCCAGCUUCGUCCUCUUUUAGUGCCUCAGUGAUCAGGAUGCCAGAGACUUGGGUUAAAGUGGGUGCAACAGUAAAAGGAAAAAUAAUAGUUUUUAAUUAACAAGGGCAAGAGCUUUGUGGAAAAAUAUUUUUCUGGUUUUCUGUUUGUCUGUUGAACUAUGUGAUACCAGUCUUGACCUCCUUACAACAUCUGCUUUUAUAGAGCUGUGGGAUAUGUUGAGAGAUAAAAAACAGCUGGGUUGUUUGAAAUGUAUUGUAAUUAUAUAUGUGCUAUUACAAUACAUGUGGUUUAAGGUUCUGAACGAAAGCGAAGGAACUGUUUUUAUGUUUGAUUAAAAGGACUUAUAAUGGUUGUAAAUGAAGUCAAAACAUGUACAAGAAAGUCACGUUUAUUUAUAUAAUCCAUAAUCACAAGUUUGCCUCUGUGGAUUGUAGAGAAUCUGACUCCCUCCAGACGUUGACCCUCAGAAAUGAUUUUGUGGGUUUAAGUCUAAAAAAACUCCACAGCCGGGAAUAGACUGCAGUAGGGUUAGGUUCAUUUAUAGAUAUACAUGCAUAUAAUUUAACUACAGAGUCCAGCACUCUGCACCGAUUAAUUUAAGACCUCAUAAUGUUUUUAUGAAGGCAAAUAGUUUCCUCAGUAGCCAUAUGAUGGCAGAACAAAUGUUUGGCAAUGAAAAUGUGAAUUUUUCUCACCUUGUGUAUUUUAUCUCCUCUGAACGUUAUUAAGUUUUAGUUAGUUACAUUUGGAAAAAUUUCAUUUCUGUCUGUUAACAACAAAAGUACUGUUAACGUUUACUGUGGAUUUUUUAUUGUUUUUUUUCUAGUGGGCUUCAAAAUAAAGAUUACAUAACCUGUUUUUAUAAAACAAUUCCCAUACUGAAAAAAACAACAAGAGAAUUCAGACAAUGUUAUUUAGAAUUAUGCUGAAUUAUAAUAUCAGCGGCCAGCGCUAAGUGCCAUCAGUUCCUGUCUCACACUCGUAUUUUACAGCUGUGACUGAAGUCUGCCAUGUACAGACUUUUAUCUGUCUAACUCACCUGCAUGAAGGCAAAAGCAGUUGCUGCUUGAUGUGCAAAUAAACAGCUGUUCUUUUGUCCCAGUGAGGCAGCAUUGCUAACAUGUCCACAUCAGGUGGUGAUGAUGCUCACAUACUAAAUCAGUUUUACUUGUAGUCUACGCUGCACUUGUACGUUCUCUGGCAGAGCACAGAGGAAGAAAACACAACUAACUGAGCAAUAUGACAUACAUAUCAACCGAUGGGAACACUGGAAAUGACCUGUGCGUUGUAGCGUUUGUACAAUGAAGGUCUCAGGUUCGUAUUAAGUUGUUCUCAUAUACAGUAUUCUCUUUAAUGUGAAGGUUUCAGGUACAACUGCAGGUUUCUGGUUUAGAGUUCUCAUAAGCGUUUAUAAAGUUUUCCAGGGUGUACAAGGAGGUGAUGGAAACAUAACUUGAUAUUUUACAGACUACUUUGAGUUAGUACAAUGUCAUAUGAAUACUUUUGUGGAAAAAAAAAACAACAAAACAUGGCAAAUGCACACUUGAACUGUUACAGUGAAAACGUGGAUGUAGUAAUGUGUACGCUACACUCAUUUCUGCUCUCUGGGAUCGAAUGAAAAACUGUCUGUUCUCUGCUACUGGAUGAAGCACAACGUGUGUCCAAAAUAAACGCAAAUAAUGGCUAUAUGGA